AUGGCUACCCCCAGUGUCCUUACUUUUGAUGCUGAGGGCCGUGCCGUUGACUUUGAGGUCUGGGUCGAUAACCUCCAGCUGUUUCUACAGAGCGAUAGGGCAGACGGACUCUCUCUGUUCGAUCUCACCUCUGGUGUCUCUCCUGCCCCGCCUGCUACUGCUGACAGCACUGUUCGCUCACAGUGGGCCACACGCGAUGCUGCUGCUCGCCUUGCUGUGCGUCGCCAUUUACCGACCACUGAGCGUGCACACUUUAGCCAAUACAAGAGUGCUCAGACCUUGGGUGUUUCCCCCUCCCCCCUCUUGCCCUCUGUUGCUUCUGCUGCUGCGGCCGACCCCGUUGGUUUCGAGUCGGUCGGCGCUGCGUCUGCCCCUAGCGGGAGACGCCGCACUGGCAAGGGCAAAGGGGGCAAGGGCGCUGGAGGGGCUGGCGGGGGCGGUGGAGGUGGUGGUGGAGGCAGUGGAGGGGGUGGGGGUGGUGGUAGGAGUGGUGGCGGGGGUGGCGGCGGAGGCGGCAGUAGUGGAGGCGGAGGAGGCGGCGGUGGUGGCGGAGGGAGCGGAGGCGGCGGAGGUGGCGGAGGAGGCGGAGGUGGAGGAGGCGGCGGAGGCGGCGGCGGCGGCAGUGCUGGAGCGGGUCGCGACUCUGCGCAGAGGAGUGGCUCAGGUGGUGGUCCGCGCCAGCCGCAGCGGAGUGGUGUAACCCUGUCCCCUCAGCAGCUUCGUGAGUGGUACGCAGCGCGUCAGCGCGGUGGGGGUACUGGUCCCUGCACUUACGUCCUCCGUACUGGCGACCGAGCUGGUGAGCAGUGCGGGGGCCCGCACUCCACUCAGCGCUGCUUCGGUCGCCUGACGGACGCGUGGCGUCGCCAGUUCCUUGAGGCGUCAGAGAUCCCUCGCUUGGGAGAUCUGUCUAGGGCGGGGGUUGCCAUCUUUGAUCUUGACUAUGAUGCUAUCCUUGCUGCCAUGUAUUCUGUGACUACUAGUGUUGAGGGUGACUGUUACCUGUGUGUACCGCCUGACCCGGGCAUUGAGGCCACUGCUCUAGGUGCUGGUGAGGCUGCUGCUCUAGGUGCUAGUGCGUCUGCUACCCCAGGUGCUAGUGCGUCUGCUGCCCCAGGUGCUGGUGAGUCUGCUCUCUCAGGUACUACGUCGGCUCAGGCCUUACACACCUUCACCCUUGACUCGGGGUCAUCCUGCUUCUUCUAUCAAGACCGCACCACUCUUACGCCGCUCAGUCGGCCGGUUGCAGUCUCCCUGACGGACCCCUCUGGGGGUCCUGUCCUUGCUAGCUUCUCCAUUGUCUUACCGUGCCCGGCAGCCCCCUCUGGCACCCUGUCAGGUCUCUACUCCCCUCGUUCUCUACGAACUUGGUGA